AUGGAGUACAUACCAUUGUGGAAUCCUCCAAUUUUGCAUCAAGGAGCUUUCUAUUGCGUAGAUUAUAACGGACUUAUAGGAACAUUCAACUUAGAGGAUAAUACCUGGAAGGUUCAUGGAGCACCCCUGAUUGGGAGUUAUGAGGAUAAAUAUCCGUACCCAAGUUUCCUGGUGAAGAGUGGAGAAGAUCUAAUAUUAGUAAAAUUAGGAAGUCAAGAAAACCUGGUUAGGACCUAUAAAUUGAAUUUCCCCGUCAUGGUCUGGGUUGAAGUUGAAAGUUUGGGAAAGCGUACGUUGUUCAUCAGCCACACUUCUUGUGUCUCAGCCAUUGCACCAAACAAUGAAAUGGAGAACAAAAUAUAUUUCCCUAGACUAUGUUUGAAAGGAGAAGGGAUUCUGUUCUAUUCACUUGAAACAGGUAGGUAUGAUUCUUUUGGGGAUCAGCAUUCUUCUAAGAGUUUAUAUGAAACAGAGGGCUGGCGUGAAAACUGCACUUGGAUUGAGCCUAGUUGGACGAAGUUCACUCCUCAAGACCUCAACUGGUUCGAGCCUCCUCUUUAG